CAGAAUUUGGUCUCUUUGGCAAGUGAUAAAAUAGUUGAUCGAUGCAGUAAAACUAGUAGUAGCAGCAGUGGUGGAGCCGACUUCAAUUCUUUAUUUCCAACCCCAGAGCCCGUGACUCGUAUUUCCUUGCCUGAUAUCCCUUUGACUCCGCGUGAACGUAAAAUACUUGAAGAAACAUCUGAAUCAGCGCAGAGGAAACAUCUUAACUGCAGCGUCGAAUCAAUUGAUAUCAAAAAUCUUAAUGUUGCUCCUCCAAAGCCACCUUUACCCAGUAGGUAUGUGGAAAAAGUCGUUCACACUCUUCACAGAUUGAACCGAAAGUGUAAGUUGAUAUUAGCAUUCAAAGAAGGGGUAUCGAUAAGGGCUGAGUGUGUUCCCUUUUCAAAACAUCAUCUGAACCCACUUUUGAAGUACCCUAUGGUGGGUGCAUUCUGGCUCAAAAUGUUUUUGUGACAG